GAAUACGGGGAGGCGGCUGGACUGCUAAUCCGUCUGUUAGAAGGGCAAGCAGACUGAAGAUGCAAAUUCAUUGUUUAACCGGUGACAAAAAUCAUACUGUCCUGCAAGAGAGACUGUCCCCCCAUGCCUUUCAGACUUUCAGUCAGCACUCAGCAGAAUCUUAUGGAAGCCAUUGGGAUUCUCAAGAAGACUUCUGCAAGUAGAAUGGUGCCGCCCCAGUGAAUCUGUAUCUUUGUCCGCAAUCACAAGGACGCUGGUACCAAGGCUUAGGAAAGCACCUAGUGUUUUUUGGUUGGGUCAGAGACAAAGAUUCUCAACCAUGCCAGAAACAGAAGCAAGUAUGAGAGAUCCUGAGUUAUUUUCACCACCCUCUGGUGUUCGAGGAAUGACAGAACUGGAUAGGACAGCUUUUAAAAAGACAGUGUCCGUCCCAGUGCUCAAAGUGGGGAAAGAGGUCGUCAACAGAUUGAUGCGCGCCCUCAAGAGAGUAGCCCUGCAGCGCCCGGGCAUAAAGCGUGUCGUUGAAGAUCCCGAAGAUGAGGACAGUAGACUCAUUAUGUUGGAUCCCUUCAAAAUGCUUUCUGUUGAGUCCUUUGAGAAAGCAGAACUCAGUGCUUUAGAAGAACUCAAUGUCAGUCCACAGUUAUCCGAAUACAAUUUGGAACUAACUUAUGAAAACUUUAAGUCAGAAGAAAUUUUGAGAGCUGUGCUUCCAGAAGGUCAAGACGUGACCUCAGGUUUCAGCAGGGUUGGGCACAUCGCACACCUGAAUCUCCGAGACCAUCAGCUGCCGUUCAAGCAUUUAAUUGGCCAAGUUAUGAUUGACAAAAACCCAGGACUCACCUCGGCAGUAAAUAAAACCAGCAAUAUUGAUAAUACAUACCGAAAUUUCCAAAUGGAGGUGCUGUCUGGAGAGGAGAAAAUGCUAACCAAGGUUCGAGAAAAUAAUUACACAUAUGAGUUUGAUUUCUCCAAAGUCUAUUGGAAUCCUCGUCUCUCUACAGAACACGGCCGGAUCACUGAACUUCUCCGCCCUGGAGACGUCUUGUUUGAUGUUUUUGCUGGGGUUGGGCCUUUUGCCAUACCAGCAGCAAGGAAAAACUGUACAGUAUUUGCCAAUGAUCUCAAUCCGGAGUCCCAUAAAUGGCUAUUGCACAAUUGUAAACUGAAUAAAGUUGACCAGAAAGUGAAAGUCUUCAACAUGGAUGGAAGAGACUUCCUCCAAGGACCGGUCAGAGAAGAGUUAAUGCGCCGGCUAGGACUGCCGACCGAAGCCAAACCCUCUGUCCACAUUGUCAUGAACUUGCCAGCAAAGGCCAUAGAAUUUCUCGGGGUUUUCAGGUCACUCCUAGACGGGCAGCCAAGCAGCAGUGAGCGGCUUCCCACAGUGCACUGUUACUGUUUCUCCAAAGACGCCAAUCCUGCUCAGGAUGUCUGUCAGCGAGCUGGAGAUGUGUUAGGAGUUCCCUUGGAGGAAAGUAGUUCAGUUCACCUCGUGAGAAACGUGGCCCCUAACAAGGAAAUGCUGUGCAUCACCUUCCAGAUUCCCGCUGCUACACUCUACAAGACCCAGGCCCUCAGUGUAGAGAAUCCCGAAGAGCCAUCUCUUAAACGGCAGAGGACAGAUGAUUCCUUCUCAGAACCACAAAUCACAUCAGAUUCUUAGUUGGAAAUGCUUUCUCCAUCUCCCCAGUAAAUUUUUUGUAAAGGAGAACAAUUUGUAUGAUUUUAUAAACUUUAACUAUCAGGUAUUUGUAAUUGAACCCGUAUGUUUUGCUCUUAUAAAUGAAACAUUACCAAAGUAAAAUUUAACUGAAAUAAGCCGAACUUGUAUAGUAGACUACUUUGUUGUUGGAAUUUCAGGCAUGAACCACCAUUAUCCAGCACAGUUUUAAAAUAGAAUGGGGAUGGGCCAGUAAGAAGGCUCAGUGAGUAGAGGUGGUCGCCGCCAAGCCUGAUGACCUGAGUGUGAUCCCUGGGACCCACAUGGUCAACGGAGACACUCCUGGAAGUUUUCCUCCCACCUCAUGUGUGCACCAAGGCACUCAUGCAUACACAAAUGCAAAAUAAAUGAACAAAUUAAUAAAUUAAAAAUCUAAAUUAUAUAAUCAAGUUAUUUUUAUUAGAUAAAUGGUUUUUUAAUAGUGUCUGUCCCUCGGAGAGACAGUUUUUAAAAACCGAACAACUAUAUUUUGCUUAACUAGGAAAGCAUUUAACUACAUUGUAGUUACUAGUGGAAAAACAUGAUUAUUUUAUGUAACUUCUCUACUACGGAUUAACAGUAUAAAAGUAAUACAAAGUUAAAUUAUUUAGAUGAGGAAUAGAAAACCCACACCUUCCAGGCCACAUCUGGCAUAAUGGUCUAUGACAGGAGGAUUUGCUUUAUUGAAAAAUAAUAACAUUUUGUGACAUGGAACUUACAUGGAAUUUGAAGUUUGGGGUUUUGGUGUGCAUGAACUUUGAUUGGCACCUGUCCUUCCUGUUAGUUUUCACACUGUCUACAACUGCUGCCACGAUAGACAGCAGAGUGGAGCAAUCACAGCACAGACCUCGAUGGCCAUACUGCUGUUUGGCAUGCUACACAUCCCGGGGACAUGGUUGGAACUCAGGAGACAGCAUUUUGAAUGCUGUGCACAUAACCACGCUACACAUUGUUGUUUUGGGACAAGAGUCUCGCACUCUAGCUCAGUCUGGCCCAGAAUUACUGUGCAGCCCAGGUUGGACUUGAACUUACAGCAACCCUCCUGCCUCAGCCUCCCAGAUGCUAGGAUGACAGGUGAGUUACCAUGCCCAGCUUCACAAAUUUCAUUCUUUUGUGAGUAGUGCCUACCCAUUAUAUCAGGAGAAAUGGACCUUGGAUAGAUUAUGCUUUGAAGUUUCAGUGGGGUGUGGAUUAUUUUGAUAUCAGUUAGAUGACAAAGCAUCUAUACCCUUGUCCAAAAAAAAAAAAGAAAAAGAAAAAGAAAUAACAGUAUGUAUUAUAUUACUGCACCAAGUACUUGUCUCAACCUUUAAAUAAUUCAGAAAAAUUCAAAAGCCUAAGUAAGCCAGGAUAGCAAAUAAAACAAAAAUUAGGCUAUAACUUCUAAGUCUCCAAAUGACUUUUAGCCAAUUAAAGAAAGCCAUUUACUGUUGCUGAGUUAGUUGUGUUUGAUUGUAGCAACUGAAGAACUGUAUCCAGAGAAAAGAAGCAUGUGUAAGAGGAUUGGCCUUUGGCAAGAGCAGUUGUCGGUUAAGAACAGUGGACCAGUGUCAGUGGGCAGCUGAGAAGGUAGAGGACUCUGCCCUGGCUUUUAAGGGGCUGACAGAUGUUGCUAAUACUGCCCAGUUCUUUGAAGCUUUGUGACCAGGCUUGAAAUAACUCAAGAUUAGCCUCUGUGAGUGCUCUCUGUGUGGACCUAUGAAUGAAAAAGGAGCUUCGAAAACACUAAUGUACAACCAAAGUAGAAUUUGCUAAGUCUCUCAUCAGUGACUUUUUAGAAAGCAUGUGGAGCGGAGGGCUUUGCUGGACCCGUUUAUAAAGCUUGUGAAAAUGUUAGCAGUUUAAAGCUUAUACCUGUUCACAGUGUUAUUUAGCAAGUACUUUUUGAGAAAGGUUGUAGACUCUGGUACAUGACUGAACCAGUUGUAUCCAUGGGAAACCUCAUUUGUUUCAUGACUAAUAGUCCACCCUUUCCUUGAGUUCUGUCAGCAAUUGAGGCCGAGAUCUACCCUGACAUGUACCACCUAAUUUGUUUAUAAAGAGUAGUUUGUAAUUUAAAAGGAUAGUUUGAAUUGUGUGUGUUUGUGUGUGUACACACCUGUGUGCACUCGCCGUGGAACACUUGUGGAGAUCAAAAGACAACUUCAUGGAGUUGGUUUUUCUACCUUUAUGUGGUUUCUGGAGAUGGAACUCAAGUCAUCAGGCUUUUGAGGUGAAAACCUUUACAUGCUGAGCUUUAUCACUGGCCCUAAAGGUUAUACAUUUUUAGCUUCUGACCCAAUACAGAUUUUUCUCAACAAGAAGAACCAUCCUUAAACAUUAUUCAGGAAUACUGAAUAACCUCAGAAAUGAACUUCAUGAGGACUUGGGACUUGAUGUCUUUGAGAGGUUCGGUAUGUUGGGCUAUUGUUGCAAAUGCCAAGGGAAUGUCUCCACAUCAAACUGUUUACUGCAGUUAAGGAGCUUCCACCAGUGAAACGAGAACCCACUCAUGUGCCCUGUAAUGACAAAUACCAGGAAAAGAAUCUAAUCCUCUUAAAAAUGCCUUCCUACUCCUCCCAGAAGCCAGGGAUUGCCAAAUAAAAGGCCCAGUGCCAGGUGUGGGAUACCUCCCCUUGAGUUGUUAAUCAGAAGUGUGCUGGAGACCCACAAAACCUACAGGCUUUUGCUACUGCUCUUGGCUGUCCACCAGAACUUGAUGGUAAGACCCUAUUGCUAGAGAUACCACACACUUUGGUCAUAAGACAUGGAGAGAUCUAGCUGAUACCAGGAAGCUUCCUCCUUACUGACUAGCUUUCAUAGCUAUACAAUCUACUGUGGGUGGAGGGGGGAGAAUGUCAACAGUUUUACUUAGAGGUGAACAAUAAGGACCAAAUUGGUAAGAUGUGCCCAAAGGUAUGAUAGUGAACAAUAAAGACCAGGUUGGUAAGAUAUGCCCAAAGGUAUGAUAGCGGCAUGAAUGUUAUGGGGGCAACCAACUACUUUCCAAUUGGUGUUAAGGCCUGCUCCACAGCAGCAAACUCAUGAAUAGCACUAUAAAUCUGGCCAAGGACCCAUGGUUGGGGAGGUCAUAAGUACCAAGAGUGAAUCUACUAUUCUGCCAAACAGACAUAAUAUCAAACUGCAUUCUAAAUUCAUAUCUCUAUAUCCAUAAAUUAGUACAGCUCUCAGCCUUCGGCAACAAAGUUUCUUUGUAUAGUGGUGAUUAAGGCAGGGAUUCACAACUGCUCAGCCAUAGCUAGGACAUCAAUAUCACCCCCUCACACACACAAGGCUCAGGGACCAUCACUUAAGAGCCAGAGAUGGGGGGAGACUAGAGGAAAACAGUGUUGUCUGCACACGAUAGGACCACUGCACUCCCACGCUCAGGGCAGCGGUGGUUGCUUGCACAAGAUAAAGCGAGUAAGCAUUCUAAGAUGGAAGAGGAAGCGUGGGCGUCCACCCCUAGCUGAGGAGCUUUUGACAGCGGGUGGCUUCUGGGUGGUUUAACAGGAUGAGGUAGGUCAACCGUGCUCCGGCGCAUGGCCCCACAGCUAGGAGCACAUGGUGAACACAAACUGGAUGUGGUGGGUUGUUACAAACAAAAGACAGGAAGUUGGGACAGGGUCGGGAGGUCAGGGGUGAGUCUAGGAAGAGAGAUGUGGAGAUGAAUAUGAACAAAAUGUAUUGUAUGAAAUUCUCAAGGAAUUAAUAAAAAUACAUUUUAAAAUA